UGUUGAAACAUCAUACUAGUGGCUCGUCGAAGCCAGACGGCGAGAUGGCAAAAAAGGAUAAAGCCAAAACGUCUAAACAUAUCAAGUGCGAGAUUCGGUACGACAGUAAUCCGUUGGCGGUUUACCGACCCGGAGAUACAGUAAAUGGAAACGUUGAGCUUACUCUGGGAAAGAAUAAGAAAUUCAGAGGUGUUUGCCUCCGAAUCAACGGUUUCGCCUCUACAUAUUGGGACGCCAAAGUGAAGAAUGGUUCGACAAACAAUAAAAAGCGUAAGACCAGCUUCAAAGGUCGGGAGGAUUACUUCAACACCAUUAGCUACUUAGUCGGUUCGGACGUAGGAAAUCCAUUGGAGGUUGUUGCCGGUUCCUAUAGUUAUCCGUUUUCGUGUGUAAUUCCUACGAACGCGCCGGCCUCCAUGGAGGGCAAAUGUGGUCACAUUCGAUAUCUAGUGCAACUUACGCUAGAAAGACCAUGGAAGCAUGACAUCGUUUACCUUGCCCCAUUCACCGUGAGAGGAGAGUCCGAUUUGAAUCUACUUUCGGGAACGCUUUCACUUCCUAGCAAAGCGGAAAUAGUGACCUCGUUCUAUUUCGGUCUCUCCGACCCAUUGGUAGUAACAGCCACAACUCCACGAUCUGGAUAUGCACCCGGAGAGGCGAUAGAACUUGUGAUCCACGUUAACAACCAGAGUAGUGUCGAUGUUAAGACGAUUAUGAUCAAACUCCAGAGAGUUGUCACCUUCGUGAGCCAAGUACCGUGGACUGAGCAUUUCGUUGAGAACACAGUUUUGGAAGAACGAAAUACCGGGAAAAUUGGACGAAGACAUAAUGCACGCUUCGAAGAAAACAUCCUAAUAGGAGGAGGUGUCCCCACUAAUGACAGCCUGUGUCGCAUAAUCUUUACAAAAUACGAAAUCGAAAUCGUGGUCCACCCUGUUCGGUCACGCAAAAGGCCAACUAUUCGAUUGCCAAUAGUUCUCGGGACUGUUGGACUGGCAAGCAGUAACGUAUAUCCUGAUUUGGUGAUUCAAAAACAGCGGGAGGCCUUUGCAGAAUACGCCCCGUCAGCUCCACCGGCGACAACGUCAGACCAAAUGGAAAACUCCCCUCCUGCCUACUACGAACUUCAGCAAAAUGUCGCAGGUACAUCACAGGUGUACUCAAUAUCAUCAAACAUGACACUGGAUGAAGCAGCGGAAGACGAAAGUGAGAAAGGGUCUGAGCCGUACACGCCAAGAGAUUACUAGAAUAUGGCGUAUCUUUUAAUGCUAUUUAACCCCGUGAAAUAUUCAAAUUCCCCAGAGAUUCACCCGAAAAAAUUCAAAAUCGUGGUUCAGACGAAUUUUUACGAUUCAUGUCUAUUAAAAAAAUUGUUCGAGAACCAUCAUUUACACAGCAAAACAAUCAGCUGUU